AGUUUCCCUUCAUAAAAGUAGUAUUAGUUCUAAAAAUUAAUUUCACUUUACGAACCACAGUUCGGGUCACAUGGGCUUCUGGGGGAAUUUAAACACAGUGUUUGUGUGUUUUGUGGCAGGGGGAUUUUCCACUAACUGGAGGUUGGGUCUCCACUGUAGAGUGAGGGAAAUCUCUGGUGUCAUUUUACAGUUGUGUAAAGGGGAAGUUAGAGGGUGUGCGUGUGUGGGGUGUAUGUUAUAAAUUUUCUGUUUCACUCUCAGUCUCUACUGUAUUUAGGUUUGCGCUUCAACGAGGGUGACAUCUCUCUCUCUCUCUCUCUCUCUUACUUGAUCUCUAAUCAUUUCACUACAACUCUUUUCAGCUGAAGAAUGAAAGGACCGGAGCUUGUAGAUUCGACGAGUCGCUUUCGAUUCGCUGAAUCUUGCCUGGGUUUAGGGGGCUGCAUAUGCAUCUGUUAUGCUGUUUGGACCCCUGACUGGUUGGACGGAAAGGGACUGUGGCCCAGGGGAAACGAGUCCAGUCCAUUUGACAGCUGGACACGAGGGCAUACAAUCCAAGGUCUAGGGCCUCAUAAUGUGUUUGCUGCCCUUGCUUUCCUCAUGGCUAUAAGCUCGGGAAUACUGUGUCUCCUGUUUGCAUUCUGCUGGACGUCAAAGACCAUGCUCUCGUACUCCAACACACGCUCGCUGCUGAUGGCAGGCCAGGCACUUUACCCCACCACCCUGCUGCUCAUCACACUGCUACCGACAGGGUUUUUCUUUCUCCUAAGUUGGGCGCUCUUCACCAGUCAACAUAUUGCCGAUAUCCGAGAUGACCCGACACGCCUGGGCUCCUCCUAUUGGCUGGGUGCUGUGGGUUGGGCUCUGCUGUUGGCCGUUCUGCCAGUGGUGUUCCUGGUGGAGCAGUAUGUGGUACCCGACAUAAUCCCCGAGCUGAAGAGGAAGACUGAGUUGUGGUGGAAGGGAUUUGAGGUGGCACACACACGCUCGUUCAGUGAAAGCUACCAGCACAGUGCUGAACACUUUAACCAUGAGUACAAGAGAUACGUGUCCAUGCCCUGAGGGAGACAGCAGCAUCAAAUAUCACUGCUGUUUAAAUAUCCUCAGUGUCCAGCCACUAAAAGGCUGAGUGUGUGUCCAGAAACAGGUAAUCCUGUGUCAGGCACACAGGAACCUGUCUAAGAUGUCACUCAGCUUGAAGAUUCAUGGAUUUUUCCAUUCCUGGAAGCUCAGAAGACUGUGGCUGAGUUAUUGCACUUUAAAGAGGAACUGUCAGAAGUAAUAGCCUGAAGAACAAAAGGACUCAUAUUCAUUUGUAAGCAGACAUUACAAGACUCGUUUGCUUUGAGAAUUUUCUUUCAAGCUUUAUUAUGCAUAUUCAGUUCCACAGAUUACUAAAUUAAGUACACACUACUUUAACUUAGUGAAAACUUGUUUCAAAGGAAAAACCCACCUGAAACACAUUAAAUAUGUUUAUAUUGAAAUGUGUGAUGUGCUUAGUGAUUCAGGUGCUAAUUUGUUGUUUGGUGCUAUAUUUUUGUUGUUCCUGUGAGAAGUUAGCUCUGUGUGCCACGAUGACAUCACAAGGGACAUUGCUAACACAGUUACAAUGGCAUUUAUUUGGGGAAAAAUUCCAACAUUCUUAACCCUAAGUGAUAAUGAUCAGGUUUUGCUGUUAGCUAAAGCAAAAGCUCCUUUUCUCGCUCACCAUUUCCCACCGAUGACAAAUCCAGCGUAGAAGUAGCGGAGACAGCAAACACUGGACUCCAAGUUCCAGAAUGCAGUGCAGAUAAUGAUGCAGCUGCACCGAGUUACAGCAGAGACUCGACUUGGUAGUUAGUAAUUGAUGAGAUGACGAGCAUGAUGGCAUUGAUGGCAGUGUUAACAUGAAAAUUGAAGCUUUGGAAGUUGAUCUGUUUGAGCAGAGCGUACAGAUGAGGAGGUGAGAGAGCUGGACAGACUAAAGGACUAAAGUGUUACUGCAGUACUCUCUUUAGGUAGACAUGAAGCAAGAGCUAAAUCCCACUGGUGCCACUCACUAUCAUGGGUAGUCGAACAACUCUGUGGGUAUUGUAUUUUAAAACAAAAAAGUCAACUCUGAGUUGAAUCGUAAAUGAAAUGUUUUGUAGAUUUAAAGAUUGUAUACUGAUUAUAAAUACUGAUAUACAAGUUGUUCAGAGUGGAUUUUGCCUUUAAGUGGAUGACUUUCAAACUACAUUUAUACAAUUCAUUUAGAACUCUAAAGGACACCUCAACCAGUCCAGACUUAAACGAUUUACACUUGUAACUAUGCACCCUUCACUGUAGUUACUGAAUAAUUUCCCUUAAGAUGGAUAAGUGACUAGUAAGCAGGGAACAUUAAGUUUUAAUUAGUUAAUUGUAAUUUGGUGCAUAUUAUUAUUAUUAUUAUUAUUAUUAUUAUUAUUAUUAAAUGAAUAAUCCGUAUAGAAAGUAUGUAGUUUUAACCUUUGGCCAAAUGUUAGUCACUUGAUUGCCACGAAUGAUUACAUAUCAUUUCGUGGUCUGGAAAUGCCAUAUUUGUGCCAAAUGAUUUAUGGCACUAGCACCCUCAUAUGGUUGGUCUAGGUUACAGCAUGGCUCAAAUUUUGUGACUUUGUCCAGUAAGAGAGAGUAAGAGUGUGCAAAAAUGUGAACUGCUGUAACAUACAAUAAUGAAAUGUUUUAAAUGGAAUCAUGAUUUACUAUUGGAAUUUAACCUUUUGCAAUGAUAACUGUUUUAUUAGUUAUAUGUAAAUACAGUAAAUAAAUAAAUAUACCCAAUGUACUCUUGCUUUUAUUAAGCUUAAUAAUGCAAAGUGUUGUGUUUGAUUAUUUGUGCUAUUCUUUUCUGCUUAUUUGUUUCAACUCUUAUUUAAUGUAAAUGCAGUGUCUUACUAGACAUUUGGCCUGUUUGAACCUUUUUAAACCUUAUAUGAAUUUCUCAUUAUAUCUGGUCUGACUCAUCAACUCAUAUUUACUCAUACUGAGCUUAUUAAAACUUUAUGUAGUUUAUGAAGGACUGGUAUUAAAGGAACCUACUCUAUCUUUGUGAAUACCACAGAUACAUUUCUCUACACUGAUAAAUGUAAGAGGGGAGGUUGUUGAGUCCAACACUUCCCCUUAGACCUCCACUGUAAGUAAGAUUUGAGUAAACAGAUUUUCUGCUCUUUUCUCAGCACAAACAUGUUCAUGGUAUUCGCCCACACACCACAGGUGCAGUAGAUUAUGUUUAAAAAUGCUAGAAUAUUUCUUUAACACCCUGGCAUCCUGCAGUAUUUCUAACAGCCAGGCAACAUGCUGAAACAUGCUCUGACUCUUUUAUUUUUGCAUGUUAUUUUCUGAACAUAGUAUUUACUGGGUAUGAGGAAUAUGAGGAAUGCUUUGCUAUGGAUAUUUUGCCCAAGACUCCUGCCUGAUGGUAUGAGGAGUGAUACCGAGAGAGAUAGAGAGAGGAAGUUGCUGAGCUCAUGUUUACUUUCUGAUCCCACUAAAGUGGAGAAAAAUAAACUGGGUCUGGCUCAGUGAAUUGUGCAUUACUCAGGUGCAGCACUAAUUAAAAGACAGUUCCACCUUGUUAACAAUGGCUAAUGAGUUUGGUAUUCGAUUCACGGAUGGCCCUUUUCAAUUUACCAACACGAAAACACCUAAUUGGCAUUUGGAUGGGAGUCGAAUGUCCUUGAAGGUCAUACAGCAGGGUACUUUAAUGUGCACUAAAUGGAAAACAAACUCCUUCCAAGUAAGCAUCAAAACCACAAACCUUCUCACCACUGAAACCUCUCUUAAUU